AUGUCGGCCAAGAUCUAUCGGUCGCAUUAUCCUGAUCUAGACAUCAUUUCGGAGGAUUUGAUCUCAUAUAUCUUCUCCAACCCGUACAAUGUUCCUCAUGAUCGACCGAUUUACAUUGACGCGCAAUCGGGGAAGCAAUACACAUAUGCGGACGUGAUUCAGCGCACUCGGUCCUUAGCAAACGGGCUCCAGCAGACUUUCGGUCUCCGCAAGGACGACGUCGUGGCCUUGUUCAGCCCAAACGCCAUUGAAUACGCAAUCGCAUGCUAUGGUAUCGUGGGAUCUGGCUGUCUUGUUGCUCCAACUAGCGCGGCCUUGACUGCUCUCGAACUCAACGCGCAAUUGAAGACGAGUGGUGCGCGGUUCGUGGUAGCGCAUUCGUCUUUGCUUGAAACGGCUCGGAGAGCUGCAAAAGGAACAGCUGUUGAGAAGGUCAUUCUCUUAGACGGUGCCUCUCCCGUCGAUGGUCAAGCGACAUGUGAGCACCUCGCCAGUACAUUUCCUCAAGGUACUCUCACUGCAAUCUCGCCCACCGAAGCCGCAGAGAGACCCGUUUUUAUCUGCUUUUCUUCUGGCACAUCCGGACCUUCCAAGGGCGUCGUGUCAACCCAUCGUAAUAUCCUCGCCAAUCUUCAACAAUGGCGAGCUUUGAUGAUCGAAACUGGCUCUCCGGCGCAAAGACCACAGCGACGCACCGCCGUUGCAUUCCUCCCGUUCAGUCAUAUCUACGGACUCAAUCUAUACAUGUGCCAAUGCAUGACCUGGGGUACUUCGGUCGUCAUUCUUCCCAAGUUCGACCUUGACACCUACCUGAGCUGCAUUGAGAAGUACCAACCUGACGAGCUAGCACUGGUGCCCCCAAUUGCCCUAAUGCUGGUAAAGGAUGAGCGAGUUUCUAAGUAUAACCUGAGCAGCGUGAAGCGAAUCAUGUCCGCAGCAGCUCCUCUCACCAGUGAGCUUGCCGCGGCUCUGGAAGCGAAAUUUCAAGCCCUCUUCCAGACGGAGGUCUUCUGCACCCAGUCCUGGGGUCUCACCGAAACCUCUCCCAUGGCAACGGGCAUCCCAAAUGACCGAUUGGAUAAACGUGAAUCAGGCGUCGGAGUUAUCGCUCAUAACAUGGAAUUCCGAUUUGUGGAUCCCGAGACUAUGACCGAUGUCACCGCCAAUGCUGAUGGAUCUACACCAGCAGGAGAGAUCUGGUGUCGCGGACCGAACGUGGUUUCGGGCUACUACAACAAUGAGGAAGCGACCAAGAGUGCCUUUUACACUGAGCCUGAUGGGACCAAAUGGUUCCGCACCGGUGACAUCGGGGCUAUUGACAGGGAAGGCUACGUCGUUAUCCUGGAUCGUAUCAAGGAGAUGAUCAAGUACAAGGGUCUUCAGGUCAUUCCCAGUGAGCUGGAGGGAAAGCUGAUUGAACACCCCGAUAUCGAGGACGCGGGAGUUGUGGGCAUGUGGGCUGACGAGAAAGCCACCGAACUUCCGGUUGCUUUUGUCGUUCUCCGUCAGAAAGCCAAGUCCAACGACGUUAAGACUGUCACCGAUGGCAUUCACUCAUGGUUGAACCCGAAGGUCGCGAACCACAAGCGACUUCGCGGAGGUAUCUUUGUUGUGGAUCAAAUUCCGAAGAGCCCCAGUGGCAAGAUUCUGAGGCGGCAGCUUAAGGAUUUGCUCAAGAGCAAAGCACCCAAAGCUCAAUUAUAG